AUGACCGAAAAAUCAACAGAUACAGCCAAAAAGUUAUACCGCGAUAAAAAUAUGAAAAAUUUCUUUGUGGCAUUGCGUAGGUUGGCACGCAAUCCGAUUUUUGUUCUAACAUCUCUAGGAGUUUGUUUCGAUUGUUACAUUCUUGCUUUUUAUGCAUACCUGCCAAAAUAUAUUGAAGUUCACUUCCAAUUGACUGCAUGGAUGGCAAGUCUUCUUGGAGUAAUGAUUCCCUCUAUCGCCGGUGGAAUAGUUUCCUACGUUGGAGGUGUUAUAAGUGGGAAGUUAAAACCUACUUUAGAUUCUGGAGUGACAAGGAAUAUGAUUUUUGUAUUAACAGCAUCGUUAAUAAAUGUAUUUGUGCUUAUAGCUAUCAUGUUUCUUCAAUGCCCUUCUAACAGCUUUCCACACGGCUUUUCGAAAUCAACAAGCGUUGGUUUUCAACAAACAUGCAAUGAAAACUGUUCGUGUCCCUUGAAUUCAUUUGAUCCCGUAUGUGGCAGUGACAAUGUCUGGUAUAUAUCUCCUUGCCAUGCUGGAUGCACAAGCUACGCAAACAACGGAUCAUCAAUAUACCGUGACUGUUCGUGCGUAAGUAACGAACCACAAACAGCAAAGAUCGGAUACUGUGAUAGCUCAUGUACUCUCAUUCUUUCCUUAUAUUCGAUUGGUUUGGUUUGCUUUUUUGCAAUUAAUAUCAUAUACAACGUUCCUGUGACCAAUGUCGUUCUUAACACAAUUUUGGCAAUGUUCAACAGUGCCCUUCAUGGAAUCUUGAGAUCCGCUAUGAACUUCGUGAGUGAUGAAGAAGUAGUUGGAGGAGGAAAAGAGCUCCUGAGAAAAGGUCCAAAAAAACCAAAAGCAGAUUUAGCAUGUGUUUAA